UCGAGAACAGGAAAUGUCAGAGGAAAACUGCAACUUGGAAGCUCCAUGAGGCUGAUAAACUGCCAACAGAGCCGGGAACAUGACGUUUUAUAUCACGGUACGGAGCAGGUCGUGUUAAAGGAAGUGAUCAGUAGCUGCAGAAGCACGGCUGGUAGAUACGAGCCCAAGAUGCAGGGGACCUUCGCACGGGUGUGUAUGGUCGUCACCGCCGCCAUCUUGAACCACCCCUUGCUCUUUCCCCAAGAGAACGCCACCUCCAUCGCGGAGCAGGACGAGGAGCUGAUUGUGCGCAUGCGGGAGCACCAGGAGAGGCUGGAACGGGAGCGGGCCAAGCUGGAGGAGGAGCUCUCCCAGCUGGAGGAAGGUGGCGAGGAGGACGGUUACAGCUGGUACAUCUGGAGCGUCGUUUCUUUUGUGGUGUUUUUUACCAUUGAGAUGUGCAGGGCAGACACGGGUGACUCGGAUGCAAGCGGAGUGGAUGACGAACUUCCUGAGAGUGGAUCCGUGGACGCCAGCACAAUGGUUCUAGAUAAGAACAUCCUCAGCAACUUCUGUGACCAAUGCACGUACGCCACCGCCCACGACAACGGGAGGGUGAGGGAGUUUGUGGAGGGUUUCACUGACGACCUCCUGGAGUCUCUGAGGAGCGUUAGUGACCGAGAGGCAGACAUGGAGGUGGAGGACUUUGUCGGGAUCGGAAGCAUGUUUGAGUGUUGGCAGGUGUGCAAGCCUCCAGCGUGCGACCUCAUUGUGCCUUUCUCGCCUCCCGAUCCGCUCGCCUUCCAGGUCAGCUUGUGGUGCGAGCCGUCCAGCCACACGCCCCCAGACAAGCAAGGAUGCGGCACCAUCCAGGUGAGCUUGUUCGGGGAGCAGGAGGGAGGGUGCCUGUGUGGUUCUGCUAACAUGGGAGACGACAUGCUGUGUCUGCUGCACGGUAAACAUGAGCGCAGCCUGGAUGAGCUGCUGUGCUCCAGAAGAAUGCCUCUCCUGGCCAAAGAUCAAGUCAUGAAGUGGUUUCAGGUGUCCCUCACCAAAGCGUGGGGGCGCAUCUCCCACAAGUAUGACUUUGAGGUCACGUUUCGCAGCCUGGACGCGGCGGGCGCCUUAAAGGUCCGAUUCCCUUCAGGGAAAAGCGUCAUGGUGAACAUCAUACCUGCGGUCCAGCUUGUGGACACCGAUGCUUAUUUGGUUUCACACUUCCCGUCAGACUGCGGCAGUCCUCAAGACCCGUUUUGGCCUCUUUCACUGGCCGUCUACGAGAGGAACCUACUGAAACACCUGACCAAACACCUCCCCCAACAUCCCUGCCAUCUACAAUGCCUUCAGGUGGUCGCCUUCCUGCACAGGAAGCAGACGGCGCUAACUGGUGGGAACGCUUUGACCGACUACCACUGGAAGACGGUUCUUUUGCACCUGUUGCUGCUCAAACAAACGUCGAUUUGGACCGCCGACAGAACUGAAUGCAGACUCCGGGACGUGCUCGACUUCAUGCACAGGAGCCUCCGGGAGAAGAAUCUUCGUCAUGUCCUGAUAGGGAACAGUAGAGUACCACAAGAGCUCCAGCUUCCGCAGAUGAUCCGCAAAGCAGAGCCCAUCAAUCUGUUCCGGAGUUUGGUGUUGAGGAGGGACCAUUAUGCAGCAACAGUGCACCACCUCCAGGAGAUGAUGAGGAAUGCGGCCAUGCUGUUACAAGAGUACAUGCCACUCUCGUAUCAUGAAGCCUUUCAUUACUAGAAGUACUUCACAACUUAUUGUAGGAUACUUCUUAUAUUAUACUGCAUCUCUGUGUGGAGUUUGCAUGUUCUCCCUGUUUUCUCUGCAUACUCCGGUUUGCUCCCACAUUCCAAAAAAAACACAAAAACAUGCACGUUAGCUUCACUGGAGACUCUAAAUAGUCCAUAGGUACGAAUGUGAGUGUUUGUCUAUAUGUGCCCUGCCAUUGGCUGGACACCAGUCCAGGGUGUACACCGGCUCUCACCCCAAGUCAGCAGGGAUAGGCUCCAGCAUGCCCCCACGACGCUAAUGAGGAUAAGCGACAUAGAAGAUGCAUGGAUGGAUGUUGGAUUAUACUGCUUAUUGUAGUAUACCGCUUAUUGUAUUAUAGUGCUUGUUGUAUGAUAGGUCUUAUUGCAUUUAGUGCUGAAGCUACAGUCAUGGCCAAAAAUAUUAGCACCAAAGAUGCCAAUCAAUGUUUUUGGCCGUGAACGUAUGGAGCACAACCAAAUGAGUCAUGGCCAGAAACAUUGGCAUCUUUUGUGUAUCCCAAUGCUUUUGUGCAUCUCAGUGCAUGAUGGAGAGUAAGAAAAAAAGUAAAAGUAACCAUGGGAGUGAACGGUGCAACAGUGUAAACAUUAGGGCUGCAACUAACCUGUAUUUUGUUCAUCUGGAGCUUGUUGUUUGGAUGAAUUAAGUCAUGGCUUAGAUCCAAGACAGACCAAAUCAAUAUGAAGCAAACACAAUGUCUCUAACAUAUGGGAACAAAGGCAAAUGUGUUGAUUGGUGUUUUCCAAAGUCAAAGCUGAUGUCUUGUCUAGAUACGUAAUAGCUAUGCUUGCAUGGAUGACUAAAGAUAUAAAAAAUAUUCACAUUUGAGAGGCUGAAGUCAGAUGAUGUUUACCUUUUUACAUCAAAAAGCAACCAGUGGAUGGAUUGUUGCAGCUCUGCUAUACUCUAUGUACAUUCUAUACUGCACACGACACUUCAGAUGUAAAAGAAGGCAAAUGGGGAUAGGAAUCCAAACUAGCUGAUUUUUGAGGCAGCUUUUGCAUUUUCAUGCUCAAUUCAUGUUCACCCACCAAUAAAAUAAUUUCACUUUAACAUUCUUCCAUUGUGGUUCAUGUUUUUUUUAAGGGCAUUGAAUGCACCAUGAGUAGUGAUAAUGGCGCCUUUAUUUCCAGUACAACAUUUAGAAGUACAAAAAU